GCCGCCGGCCCCCCCGGCAGCUGCUCCCCUGCUGUAGCUGCUGCGGCCUGUCGGAACCCCGGGCGGCCAGGGGGGGACAUGGUCCCCUCACUCGCCCCUUGCUGGCGGCCAUGAAGAGGCAGAACGUGCGGACCCUGUCCCUCAUCAUCUGCACGUUCACAUACCUGCUGGUCGGGGCUGCCGUCUUUGAUGCCCUGGAGUCCGACAACGAGAUGCGGGAGGAGGAGAAACUCAAAGCCGAGGAGAUCCGGCUCAAAGGAAAGUACAACAUCACCAGCGAGGACUAUCGGCAGCUGGAGUUGGUGAUCAUGCAGUCCGAGCCGCACCGCGCCGGAGUCCAGUGGAAAUUUGCCGGCUCCUUCUACUUUGCCAUCACGGUCAUCACGACCAUCGGUUACGGACACGCUGCCCCAGGGACGGACGCAGGGAAGGCUUUCUGCAUGUUCUACGCUGUGCUGGGGAUCCCUCUGACACUCGUCAUGUUCCAGAGCCUGGGCGAGCGCAUGAACACCUUCGUCAAGUACCUCUUGAAACGCAUCAAAAAGUGCUGUGGCAUGAGGAGCACCGAGGUCUCCAUGGAAAACAUGGUCACUGUGGGUUUCUUCUCCUGCAUGGGGACACUCUGCAUUGGAGCAGCAGCCUUUUCCCAGUACGAGGAAUGGAGCUUUUUCCACGCUUACUAUUACUGCUUUAUAACAUUGACUACGAUAGGGUUUGGAGACUACGUGGCCCUGCAGACCAAAGGGGCCCUUCAAAAGAAGCCUCUCUACGUGGCUUUUAGCUUUAUGUACAUUCUAGUGGGGUUGACAGUCAUUGGGGCAUUUCUAAAUCUGGUUGUUCUCAGGUUCUUGACCAUGAACAGCGAGGAUGAGAGGAGGGAUGCCGAGGAGCGGGCGUCCCUGGCAGGGAACCGCAACAGCAUGAUUAUCCACAUCCAAGAGGACUCCCAGCACGGUCGGCCACGGUACAAGGCUGAAGUGACAGACCUGCAGUCAGUUUGUUCCUGCAUGUGUUACAGGUCCCACGAGUACACCAGCCGGGUGGUGUCCCACCAAAAUUCGUUCAGCUCGAAGCUGAACCCCCAGUACUUUCACUCCAUCUCUUACAAGAUAGAGGAGAUCUCGCCAAGCACAUUAAAAAACAGCCUUUUCCCAUCUCCUGUCAGCUCCAUCUCACCUGGGUUGCACAGCUUUACAGAUAACCACAGGCUGAUGAAACGGCGAAAGUCCAUUUAA